UAAGAGGAACCCGUUCCACUAAGACCUUCUUCUGUGCCGUAUGAAAUCACGACCGCGAGCAUCGUUUGUACUCGAGGAUAAAGCGAGCGAGCCCUUCCACCAUCUGUAAGUUAAUUGUGCGAAGCGGCUAAAGCAUGACGUCCAUCGCCGUCUGGAAGCUGCUGGUGGCUGUGGCCGUCAUUGGUUGCUGCCUGAGUGCUUCGCUGGCCGUAGGAAGGAAGAAGAAAGUACAAUGGACAGUGCCGGCUACAGUACGAAAGGGUGCCUGUACCCUCAGCAAUGGACUACGCGUAAAAGCUCAUGCGUCUAGGUACCUGAGCUUCCUGAAUGGAACAUGCACCAGGGUCACCUGUCUUGCCAAGACGAAACGCGUGAAAUUUGUUCAACGCAAAAAACCCUGCCACUACGAGGCCAAUUCAACAGCGGCUGGAUGCAAAGCGGUCGAAGGAGUCCUCAAGCACCGAUGUUGCCAACUUGGAAGCACGUGCAAGCGUGUCGCAGUGGGCUGAUCUACGUACGGUAUACUUUCACAGUGUCUCCAUGCGACCAUGUGUCCAUGCUAACGCAAGGCGCAGUUUUUCCCCACACUGUUACGCUUGCACAUUAAAAGUGAUUCUCUGCAUAUAUGCAAUGAAAAUAUCA